GAGUGCAGCGCUCGACACUUGAAGAGCAUAAGAGAUGUGUUGACCGCAGCUAUUGGUCUCAUUUGUUCGUCUCGAGUUGUGCUCAACACUACACUAUACUGUAUAUUAUAUGCUGAAGUGAGCCUCAGGUCUGUAUUCAUUGUAUGUAUUGACUGUUACUGAGAGCGCUGUUCACUGUGUGACUGCUAUUGUGUCCACACAUUCAUCCAUUGAUCCACUGAUCCAUUCAUUUGGUGUUUAGUGUGCCUAUCAAUCAGUGAUACUGUCUUUGAGUGCUGAUGGCGAUGGCAACCACACCAUUCCUCGGCUGUAAGAUAUCGCUUAUAUCCAAGUCCGAGAUACGCUAUGAAGGCAUACUCUACACUAUUGACCCCAAAGAGUCGACGAUUGCUCUGUCGAAAGUGCGCUCGUAUGGCACUGAAGACCGGUCCGCUGAACGACAAGUGCCGCCAAGGGAUGAGAUCUUUGAGUACAUAAUCUUCAGAGCCGGCGAUAUCAAGGAUCUGAUAGUAGACGACCCACCGGCCAGUAUAGCCCCCGGACUCGCAGAUCCGGCCAUUAUUCAAGCCCACUCGACGUCUACUUCUGGCGCAACGUUUCCGUCGACGACAUUCCCGCAGAUGUCCGGCAAUACGAACACCGCUAUCAGCGCCAAUUCAGGCCAACGCUCGGCUGCACCGGCUUUCACUUCGGGCCAAAAUGCUAUCAACUCUCUAACGAUGGGCGCCUUCAAGUCCACCGCUUCUAACGACUCGCGGUCACAGAACUCAACGCCUACUGGCGCUCAACAGCACCGACACAGCCCUCACUCGGAAACAUUGGCCGCUCAGAUGAAUGCCUCGAAACCUACGCAAAGCAAAGAGAAUCACAAGAAGAAUGACAGAGUGAUGGACAGAGACCGAGACCGAGGAGGGGCCCCACAACCCCAUCAAUACCGUCGAGGUGGUGGUGGUGGUGGCGGCGGCCCUGGCGGUCAACAGGGCUAUCAUCAGAACUACUCUUAUGGGCACAACAGACGAGGCUCUGGUGGACAACAACAGAACAAUUACCGGCAAAAUAGCAAUCAUUCGCAGCCAAUGCAGAUGCAGACCAACAAUCGUUUUGGUGGUUAUAACAGACAAUUCAACGCCAGAGACGGAGGCAUUGGUCAGCGCCGACCUCCACUUCAAUCGCGACCCCAGUCCCAGAGGGGUUCACAGAAUCGGAUUCCAAACCAGAACAGAGUCCCCAAAGAGCCCUUGAAAUUCGAUAAGGAAUUCGAUUUCGAGAAGGGAUUUGAGGAGUUCUCGGAGAUGGAGAAGCAGUUGACUCGUUUGAAACUCGACGGCAACUCCAGUGAUGUACAGCCCAGAGAAGAAGACAAACCCGAGACCAACGCCAACAACGAUGGCUCGACUAAUGGGGAGAAAGAUGGCGUGGAUUCGGAUCACUACGACAAAACCAAGUCUUUCUUCGAUACCAUCAGCUGUGAAGCACUGGAGCGCGAAAAGGGAAAUGUUCAGCGCAUCGACUGGAAGGCCGAACGUAAACUGAAUUCUGAGACUUUUGGAGUGCCUCUCAGUUACCGGCGCAUAGGCUAUGGUCGCGGCCGUGGAGGCUAUGGUUACAGAGGCUAUUCGGGCGGCGGAUACCGAAACCGAGGCGGUGGUGGUUUCAAUCGCGGCGCAGGUGGUGAUACCCGACGAUUCAAAGGACCACAACUCCAGCCCCAACACAAUAGAAACUGAAAGCACAGCACAGCUCUUGAAAUGAAUACCUGAGUGGAGUUUUAUUUGAUGAAAAUACUAGAAAGUCCUUUAUUUGUAUGAAAUUAAAUGAUUUAAUAAAUAAGUCGCUCUUCAUUUGUAUUACCAAAAACUCUAAGACUGUAUGACCUCUAAAUUGAACACAAUUGAAGGCAAUCACGUAUUUAACUAACAAAACAUAUUCUUUAAUUGAUAUUUGAAUAAAUCUUUCAAUACAUCAAAAACAUGUCAAAUCCAAACACAUCUCUCUGUAUUGUAUUUGUUGUCAAAUAUUGCAAAAUUAGUGACAUUUUUUCAAAUUAAAUAUUUUUGAAUUAAAUUCAAUAAUAAUAAUAAUA